GUCGCACCCUCUCGAUUCUACUUUUUUCGCUCCCAACUAUUCGCCCACGUGUUACUCUCAGAGAUGUCCAUUUUAGGGUUAACCUGUCAAUCGACGAUAUCAACUGACGGACACGUAGCAAAAAGAUAAGCUAAACAGUUCAUAUAGUGCUUUUUUUAAGACUAUAAAAAUUCGUUUCAAGAGAAGUCGAAUCUCCAAAUUCAUACGGCCGCCCGGGCUGCGGCAGAGGGUUUUCUGAAGACGCUAGUGAGACCGGAAAAAGUGGCGCGCUAGCAGCGACGAAAUCGUUUCCGUCCCUGCUCGAGCCAUCGCGUUUCCUCCGGGUGUCGCGAGACGCAUCUCGAAGUCAUCUCGCUAGACGCACACAAGGAACACACCGUUUACAGGUGGCAGCGACGAGAAUUUCUCUGCGCGUUUGGACCAACUGGCAGAAAGUCCCUCCGUGCCCGACUGCGACGCAUCGCCACACAGCCAAAGCGAGGCAAUUCCAGCUUGAUCAACACCUCUUCGCUGGAGGACUUAGUUAAAGAACGCAGUUAGUAGCACGAUUUUGCCUGAGCUGGAGACGCAGUUUUGAUGUUCGUCUAGUUUCCCAUCUUGAGGAAGCCAACUACGUACAGAGGCGACCAAUUAGAAUUACACAACUCUUCUCGAUAGUACUUGGCUAGGGAUUUUACCAGUUUGCUGCCCCUAUUAGCGACUAGUUCAAACAACGGCGUAGAAACGAUUCGAACGAACUACCGCAGUGCUGGGAUCGAUACUCAAGGUAGCGGCAAGCCUUUAGGAAACGGAUGGAGCUCGUGGAAGGCACGAAUUGGGGAGGGCCUACGAGCCAUCUGCCGCAGUAGCGUAAGCAAGUAGCUGCGGAGAAGGGAGAAAGUGAGUAGUUGCACACGACUACACGAUGAGGACGGCAGUAGCGCAAAAGGAAAGAAGCGAAUGAGAAGAGAAGGUUUGUUGAACGAGUAGCGCUAUUGCCUCGUUCGUGUGCUUGACAUCUACUGUCGCGUACCACUGCAAAAGGGUUUUGUGGCGCAUUUUGGAGUAAGUACAACGAUUUUGUUUUCUCCGUAUCAACAUUUGCUAUUGCAUAGCGAAAGCAGAAAGAAGUAAUCGUGUUUGCUGACACGGGGAUACUCCUACCGGUCACGGAAGUUGCACGAGAACUAAGCAGUCGAGAACAACAGAAUCUUUAUUCCAACUAGUAGUGAUCACUGCAUCGACGCUAGGAGGAGCCAUGGCGUCUUCAACAAACGUGCGGACACCGGCGUCGCCGAGUGCGGCGCUGGUGAGGGAAAAACGUGCUGGACCAAAAAUGCUUGUCGAGACAAUACCCUACGAUGAGGCAGCAACCAAAGCAAGGAUGAAGCCGCCAAAUGAGGAGCUGCAACAAUUGGGCCACGACGUUGCAGCAAUGGGUGCAGUGUUCGAGGAAGCGAACAAAGCGAGGUACGCAUACUCCGCUUCUUCUUACUCCAAUAGAGAAACGAAACUUCAGCUUUCGUUUGUUGUAGGCACUCCUAGGAUGUUUGUUUUCGUUAUCUUUAAUAAGCAGCUAGUCGUAUCAAAGCAAGUUGAAUUUUCUCAACAACCUCACACUGCAGGGAAGAGCAGCGCCGAGUGAUGGACGAGCUACAUAACGACUUACUCCUGCGAAUACAGAAUGUCCGAGAUUAUAUGGCGCAGGUAAUGAAAACUAUGUCGUCCUCAAAAUGGAAUUCGAUGGAAGAUGUCGUUUCAGCAAAAGGCAAACGCUUUCGCUGUACGAUAUCAUAGUCCUCAACAGUAUUUUUUUACUAGCAGGUUCUAUUGAUGACUUCAUUGUAGUCAUUUUUAACAGGAAGUCGCGCGACUGGAGGCUACGCUGGCGUCAUUUCAGAGUAAGUUUGAGCACGAGUUGCGAACAAUGCGGGAGGAGCUUAUGACGAAACUGAAUACGAAAAUAACGCAAGUGCGUGCUAGUAUAGCGAAAUUGAAUGAAAGAAUAGACCAGAUACGUGACAAUCUCGAGACCGAAAUAAAAGAACGAAAAGCGCACGUCUUGGAGGUACUGUGAAUUAUGUUUUUUGAUCUUGUGCGUCGCGACGUAGUUUGGAGUUGUAUUAUACGAAACUCCGUUCACUGCAGAAGUCAUGAUCACGAUUUAUGAAUCUGUCUUCAAGUAGAGUCAAACGUGUACUGCAUAGUGCGAUGGGUACAAGAAUUGCCAAUUUUACCUCUUGGCUGCACUGAAGACAUCGCUACCAAACAACUCCAGGUGCUAGUGCCCAUCCAGCGAGACGUUGCGCAGUUAGUGGUCCAGCUUGAGGAGGAGAAGAAGGCGAGGCAUACUAAUGAGGCGGAGAGCAGGAAAAACCUCCAGGAUGCGGUUGACCUUCUAGAGAAGACGCUUGACAUCGAGAAAUUCAAUAGGGAGCAACAGUAAGAUAUGACUUCGGUUUUUGUUCGUUGAUCUUCUUGUGUCAGACUGUUAUUAUCUGUCUCCCAUUAAAAUCUUAUCCGGAUUCUGUACAUCAAUUUCCUUUUUUUCGAGGAGUACCCUUUCAACAUGAUUGAUACAACUUUUCCUAGUAAGUAAUUUACUUUCGUUCUUACACUUAAUUACCGAUCGUUUUCAUCCACUCCUUUUUUCCACGACAACACAGGUACAUGGACUUCAAGGUGCUGACAGAGUACGAGCGCGAACGCAUCUUGAAGCGACAGUACGUGAUCGAGUACCAGAUGAAGAAGGCCUUGGACGUCCUGGAUGUCAAGAUCCAAGACGAAACGGGCGACCGCAUCGAGAAGCAAGACGGUGUGGUUGGCACCAUGACCACAUUCGUCCGGUCUUUUCAGCAAAACAUCCGGGAAGACGCGAAAAUGUCGUAACGACGUCCUCGAGUACCUUUUCGUCUCUACUUCUCAGACUGGCGAAAAUUGUGGUUUUUUUACCACUUUUUGUUAUUUAAUGUUACGACUAGCAAGCUAGUGCUGAUAUUUUCAUUUCCCGAACAAGAACAUUCAUCCGAUUGAACAAGUGCAAAACCUCUUCUUAGAAUCGUGUAGGCGCGAUGGACGGGCGCUCCUCAAGUGCGCGAUCCCUUACUUGCAGGUGCGUGCUUUUGUUUACACUGUUGACUUCGAAAAAAUGCUACAUGACGGGACACUUGCUCCAGAAUCUGUUUUGAUUGAUACUUACUUCCAUAAGACCGGCUAGUAUGACCAGCGUGCUACGCACACAUGAGAUGUCACCACGCUGACGUUGUUUAUUUGGUGAUCCUUCCACGGGAUGAAAGGUAAAGGUAAAGAUUUCGUCGGUAUUGAUUGCGCUAUCGUUGAUAUUUUCAGCCGUGAUAUCAGAUACGUCCUUGUGAGGGCCCUGGGAUUUGCGGCUGUGCAGAUAGG